ACGAUGACCUUCAAGAACAUCAGUGCGCGGACCCGGGACGAGCGCAAGGCCGUGCGGGACAAGGAAACAUUGGAGAAGGACCGGCUCAAGGCACGCAAGGAAGGCUUCAUCCGCGUCGACACGUCCAUCUCGGGCAGCGCCAUGACCGUCCAGGCGCCGGGGUCGCAAGGGUUCAUGUCGGACGCCGACCGCUUUCAUACAGACGUCGCGGGCGAAGAAAAGGUCCUGCGCGAGUCGCGCCACGCCAAGCACCAGCUCGUCUAUGACCACAAGCGCAGAGACAACCAGCUUCGCGAAGACCAGCGCUGGAAGACGAUGGACGCCAAGGCGGCGGAAGAGAAGCAGCGGUGGGAUCGGCUCCGCGACGACGGCGGCAAGGCGCGCCGCAACAAGGCAUCGUGCGACUACAACCUCGUGACGCUCAAGUACAACGACGGCAAGGACGGCGAGCGCCUCAUGAAGGCGGACAAUGAGAUCCGCCACCGCGCGACCGUGCGCGCCGCGAACCUGCAGUUUCAGAACUCCCGCGCCGGCAUCAACCCGAUUACAGGCGACCCGAUUGCCCGCAUAUCGCUCUCGUAGUUGAAUAAGUAUCCUCUCGACUAGACGACUAACUAUACUAAUGCAAGCACGCUUGAAGGAGCUACGACUGGA